AUGGCGGAUGACGGCCUUCUUAACAAGGUCCACGCUCUGAGCGAUCUCGAGCUGGCCUUACUUCUCUGUCUAAUUAGUCGCGAACAUUGCCUUGUUAGCACACCCUCUGAAGCUAUCGACGACUUAAUACAGGAACUACAACUCGUGGCCACAAAGACCUUUGGACUCAGCUGGGUUGUCAUUGACUGUACUCCUUCCACGACCCUCGAAGACUUUGCCUCUGCUCUUCUCCUGGGCAAUCAGGCUUCUCCCUCAAGCCACUCGCCUACAGCAUUGCGCAACCCUGAUUCGUACUUUACAUCGAGGCCAUCCACGUCGCAUCCGCGCACACCGCUGAGCCCUCUUACUCCCGGCGGUGCUUUCGCGUCUCAAAUAGCCAAUGUCGUCCUUGCAAAAAACCUUGAUCGAGCACCACAAGCCGUUCAGAUUCAGGCCUUGGAACUUCUCCGAACCCGUCGUAUAUUCACACGAACGUCUGUACAAACUGCCCCGAAGCAAUUUGUCUUUGUUCCGGUGUUACAGGCAGCCAGUGCAGGCGAGGCUCAGGAUGGUUUCGUUAAUCUGGAUGAAGCAGAUGCUGGUAACGAUGCAGACACCGCAUCUACGGGCAGUGUUGUGAAAAGGGGCCCCGGUGAGGGAACCACCUCGACUCCACCUUUGAUCGCCGAGGCUGACAUAAGCUAUCUUGGCACUCUGAGCAAAGAGGCCCAAGUGGAUAUUGAAGUUACCCGCUAUCAGAUGAACAUUGUUUCAUUCCUUCGUAUGCACCGAGCCGUCGCUGGAGGCAUCAGCCCUACGGCUACUAAGCACUUCGGCCAACUCAUACGCUGUCUUGCUGCUUUGCAUGGUCUAGACUUUGUAACGCCAGCUCUUGUUGGCCUUGCUACCUCCAAGGUUUACUUGCAUCGAAUCCAGUUGACGCCUCCGGAAAAGGAGAGGAGUAUGCAAUGGGGCAGUAGAAUAGAAGCAGUAGAAGCACUACUAGAAGAUAUUGGUCCUGAAGACAUUAUAGAAGAUGUCCUGGGCAUGGUGACCGCGCCGGUAUAA